AACGCAAACGGUCGCGUCCCUGUUAGAAUUAACAAUCGAUAGUGCUUGAUUUGAGUUUCGUUUUGAAGGGGAAUGAUAUUUAUCGGGUUUGUUUUGCCGCGUAACAAAUUCGAACGAGUGUGUGCCUGAUUAGAAUUCGAGGGUAGUUAAUGAAGGUUCUCGCAUCUGUGGUUUAGAGAAUUGAAACAAGAAGAAAUAAAUCAUUACCAGGCGGAUUCUCGGAUAUUGAAGGACCGCCGAGAGAUUGAAUCCCUUAGAAGUCGGUAACGAGUGCGUGCCUUAUUAGGCGCAGUGACUAGGGGAAUUUUGCGCGCCAGAUCCAGGAGUCCUGAACAGCAGAACACCUGCACCCUAAAGCUAGAAGGAACCCCACUUAGGUUGUUUCAGCGUUUUGUGACGACUACAAAAAAACGCAAAACACCUGACUCAUGGAAAUUGUGUCUUAAAACAAAACACGCACCCGAGCGUUUGGUUUUGUGUUGUGUUAUGUGUGUCUGUCUGUUUUUUUUUGUUUUGGGAAAGUGACUUGGCGGCAGCCAGCCAGCAUUUGAGAAGUUAUGAUUAUGGUUGUUGUUGUGGCUUUGUAGACCGGUCCUUCGAGCCAAGGGGUUCGUCGUUUGGAACGUUCCUCCUGAAGGUGAUGUCGAAAGAACUGGAAAGAGUCGAUUUUGGAGGUUAACAAGCCUGUGCGGGAUGGAUUGCAAUUUGUAUGGAUUUUGACAGCUGCCAGCUGUCUGAAAAACCACACAACAACACCACUUGAAUCAACAACAACAAAAGUGUUUCGGUUUAACGCUCCUUCCUCUUACUGUUCAGAGAUUGUGCAAAGUGAAAAGUGAUCAAGUGCUCCUUGAGGAACGAUCGCUUGGCAACGACCCAAUAUCAGAGCAACAAGUGCUGCGUGAUCCAAAUACGAACUUCAUCCAGUGGUUACUUGGAUAAGUUAUGCGCAAAAGUUGCCCAACUUGGUAGUUGGUCAUUCAAGUCAAGGGGUUUGUGGUGCGUAUAGCGUAGUUUUGGUUGGCGCUCUCGUAGUUCUGCUACGCGUAUUUUUGGGGCAUGCUGCGUGUCCUCUCUGAAUCUGAGGUGAGGAAGGUGCUUUCAACUUUCACAAAAGCCUGUAGCCCAAACUAGUGACACCCGCAUGUGGUUUCGGAGGGGUCCAACAGUGUAUUUGUUUGCGUAUUUGAAUAAAUAACUAAGAUACGACAAACGACGACGACGACGAGGAAGGAAAUUGAAUCACUCAAACGGGACGGAUUGGAUCGGAAGCUUGUCGUUGUGGGUCAUCAUCUGAAGACCGAAAACCGAACCAAAACAAGUGUGGAAAGUGUUUCUCCUCAAUCGCAACUUUUGCUUUCAACUGGAGAAAAAAAGGAAAAACGGCAAAAGUUAACCAAUCGUAACGCCCUCAUCGGUUCCGGGCGGAAUCAACCUUAAAACAACAUGUGUGCGAGUUUCACCCACCGUCGUCGAUGGGAUUCCGCAAUUUGUUGAUGAGUGAAAACCGGGCUGAAACCUGUCCUCGCGUCCGGCACCCAAAGUGAAGAACGCGCGUGGGAGGCUCUUUCGGAUUAGAUUAGGGAGGUUUGACCUACUGGAAGGGAUUUGUUUCCAUCGAGGGAACGACACCGGGUAGCAAAAGCAGCAGCAGCAGCAGCUCGUGUUGGAUUAUCGAUUCCUGAGGAGGUGACCUGCAGCCAACCGAGCCGAGGCAAGCCAAGGCGCCAUAAAACUAGUGCGGAUUUAUUUUUAGCUGCAGGGGAUUUCGACACCUGCCGUGGCUCACGUGACACAAGGCAUUUGUGUGGUUGACCGGAUCAAUAUGUACUUGGUACAGACUGUUCAAACGGCGUCGCCCUGGAGGCCCCAGCUGCCACUACCGAAGGACAUAACCUUGCAUGUACAGCAACAACAACAGCAACAGCAACACAAGGACAUGGAUAAGUCGUCGUCCGCGAGUAACAACAAGAAAGACAAGGACAAGAAAUGGUCCCUCGGGUCACUGUUCCGUCGGAAGCAGAAACACAACAAAGAGCAGCUGGACUAUGAUUCAAGCUCGGAGGAGGAUAGGAAGGCGGGAUUUCUGCCGGUCAAGGGAAAUCGAACACAGGCCGUAGGGCAGGGAACACUGACGAGUACGGGAAAGCGGAAGAAGAGGGCGAGUAAACUGGGAGCCUUCGAUCAUAUUGUGGUCAAUCAGAAUAAUCAGAGUAAUAGUUACGGGUUCAAGGAGAGCGAUAGUGUAAAUUCUAUCGAUAAGUAUGUGAUAUCGAUGGGAUCUUUGGAUCGGAAGUCGAGGCGCGAUCCUGGAAAGGUUAAGGAUGGGAAGGAGAUGUCCAGCGAUGAAGAUUCGCACAGGUCAUCGUCGAUGUCUCGGUUUAGGAGCGACGAUAGUUUGGGUAAUCACAGCGGAAGUUCUAACCGCAGAUCGAGGACGGCUAGGACUGAGCGGUAUUUGAAGAGGAUGUCCAAAGAUGGAGAAGGGAGUCCGGUGAGCAGGUGGCAUACCCAGCCAAUUUCUCCCAGCAUGAUCCACGGGAGUAUACAAUCGGUAGACAAUGUUCACCGAAGAUCGCACGCACCGUUGAUGCAUCAGAGUUUAAGGAACUCAUCUAGUCUUACCAAUGUGCCUCAUCUGUUUCACCCUCCGAAUCCCUAUGCCCAGCAGCAAAUGCAGCAACAGCACAUCUACCAGAAUCAGAGCCCUCCGGCAACUUACGAGAAUAGUUUCUAUAUUCAGAGCAAAGUCAAUACGAUGCGAGAUGCCAUCCGUAGUCCUCCUCCGGUUCCACCGAGAGAUCCUCAGCGGAGGUUGACGAUAGGGCAUCCAACUGAUGUCCGACCAAUAUCCUACGCCUUUGAUCGGUUUCAGAUGAAUGCUCAACCUAAUGGUGGUGGCAAUAUUUGGCAGCCUAAUGGAAAGUGUAUCAGUGAUGAUCGCCUGUGGGGUUCCAAUGUGACCCUUCAGCAACAAGUCGCUACCCCACCGAACUUCGUGAACCCUCAUGCGGUGACUCCUCCACGACCUGCCUCGGUGCAACCGGAACCUGCCCAGAAGCGAUACAUCUCAAGGCAUCCGCAGCAAACGACACCCUCACCUCAUCAAGGGUAUUACGUGCUUCAUCACAACUACAAUGCGAAUCAGCAACAUCCGCAACAUCAGCAUUCGCAGCAUCAACAGCACCAGCAGCAUCAACAGCAUCAGCAUCAACAACACCAGCAUCAUCAACAUUCGCAGCACCAACAUCACCAACAUCAUCAUCACCAUCAGCAGCAUCCGCAACAACAACAACAGCAAACCCAGCAAACCCCACCCAAACAGCAAGAGUCUAAGCGACCUGCCGAGUUCCGAUACGUUACAGAUGUAACUCCACGAUCACGGAAACCAAUCCAGAUACAAGAUCGCACCUACGAGUCCUACGAACCUACCAAGCCUCAACCGCAAACACCUUCGCCGCAAACGCCGGCCCAACCAAAAUACCAAGCAGCGACCUACGUUCGGAGUCGACCUCUCAAGGGAGACCCGCAGGAAGUGUCACCCUCCAAAACCCCGCAACAAUCGGCCUCCGCCUUCUGGCGCAAGAUCGAGGAGGAGCAGAACGUCGUCAACCGGCGCAGUCGCACAAUCGAUCGCAAACAACCAACACCGGGACCACAUUCCCGGUCGAUGUCCACCUCCCGAGCGAUCGAUCUCAUGGGUCGUCAGAAUCAUGACUUCUCCCGGGAGCUGAGUAACCUCAUCACAAACGAACCCAACGAUCAGCAAGAUGUUACCACCGGUAGACUCUACCUACGACAGAGGCAAGCCUCCUCAAAAGAAAAGUCCCGAUCACCACCUCAAAAUAAGUACGAGGAACAUGUUGCGAAGACCAUCGCUCAAUCUACCCAAGUCUCGGUCCCGUCUUCACCCUACCGCAAGUUCAGUCCCGCCGAGCAUGGCCGACGAACUCCCACCAACCUUCUAUACGCCAUCUCUCCUCCACCCCCACCAACCCGUGGCAUCUCCAAACGCAACUCCUGCUCCGAAGAAGAACUUUCCAAAAAACAAAAGUCCGCUAACCUCGAAGAAGCCAUCAACGAAUUGGAAGCCAUCUACAAGAGUCUCCGCCUCAGUGACGAAGACCUGCUGGACCGGGCCGAACUACGGGACGUCCCAACGCCAACCCAACGACCCCCACCCAAUCCGGUGUCCGACUUCGACGACGACUACGAUGAUGAACGCCGCAACUCGGAACCGGACAUACAGUUGGAUGACCUCAACUUCCGCAGCAUCAAACGAGCCAAUGACACCAUCAAAUCCCUGGAAAUCCAACCACCUUUCGGAAUCCCGUUGGGACCGAUUCCGCCUUCACCGAACACCGACUACCUUACGGCUCAACCCGCCAAACCCAACAAGCCUCGCUUCAUCCCGAAACGAUCGCCGGAUAUAGUCGCUGACGAUUUAGCUUUCCGUCAACUUCGGAGAGACAAAGACCUUCAGCAGAGUUUGGAUCGAGCUGUAAGCUUCCCAACUGCGGAAACAAACGUCGAAAAACUCCCGAGCUGUAUCGUCGAAGACGUGAAACGGAAGCGGAACAGUCACAAACUACCGACCAAUACGCUGUCGUCGAACAUCUAUAACAUGAUUCAGCGGGACGCAGCGAAACCUUCCGGUGGAAAUCUGAACGAUUACUACCAGAUUGAGAUGAUCACAAAAGCCAAUGCGGCUAAACAGAAGGAGGAACCUCCAAAGUUGAAGAAGACUUCGAAGAAGGUUGAAACUCGGGCCAAGAGUGGCUCACCGAAGAUUACCGGUGGAGCUGUUUUCAACUUACCUUCGACGUUGAAGAGUUCGAAACAGCAAGAAUCGUCUUCCUCCGAAAACGGUACUAGUCCACCGGCUCAAAAAGCGAAGGGUUCCGGACCGGUGAUAGUCGGAGCAAAGCACAAAGCCGAGUUCGAAGACAUACUGAAUGCGAUCGCACAAGAAGCCAAGAGCACAAGCGAACAGCUGGGAAUGGAUUUGGCCGAGUUGAGGAAGGAAACGCAAUCGGUUUCAAGUGGAACCAGUCCAGAAUCGUCGAAGGCAAAGACGAAGCCGUUGAAGAAUAAGGCGGUGACGCCGAGUCGGAAGUCUUCGUCGACACUUGAGGUUGAAGAGGAGAUCGAUGAGGUUGCAGAGGCCGCGAAGUACUGUCAGCAGAUGUUGGCCAAUGUUGUCAAUCCCACGGCUAAGGAAGAAAAGAAGGUGGUUGUUGCGGAGAUUGAGGAUACGUCAAGUGCGGCGAUGCUUUGCCACGGCAUGAUCAAUCGGGUAAUGGUUCAGAAACCGAAGGUUCAGGUGGUUGAGAAGAGUCCGGAGAAGUCGGUGCUAUCCGGUUUGAUAAAGGAGUUGACACCGGAGGAAUGCGGAGAGAAGGUUUCCUUCGAUACGCUAGCUUUGCGUUGUCAAGAACAGUUGGAUGAACUUGAGGAUAUCAAGGCUGAGGGAAAGUCUACCAUCGAGAGGGAUUACGAGAGUUUGGUGGAGAGUAUACAGCCUGUUGAUUCUGAUUCCGGAAGAAAGUCAACCGAAGAAGAGAUCGAUUUGAUUAUGAAGGAGUGUGGGAUAGAAAACGACGUCCAAAUUACCAUUAAUGCGGUGCCUUUUGAGAAAAUUGAACCUGUUGAAGCCUUCAAUGUUCAGAAGUACAGUAAGGAGUCCAGUUUGGAGUUGAGCGAUGUUCAGGGAGCUUCGCUGACCCCAACCGACCACAAUAAGUCUUCCAGUGAGACGGAACAGUUUCCCAAAUCAUCGGACCAUACGUCCUGUCACCUGUUGUCCUCGAGCGAUUGUUUGAGGUCGCACAAAUCUAGUUCAUCGACUGCUAGUUCCAUUGCUACGAAUGCAGCAGCGCCGAUCGACGAUUCCGUUGUUGCCGAGGUUAUUCCUGUCCCGGUAGUGGUGGCCACGACGCGCGUUUCGCCUUCCGAUACCGAAUCGCAGUACAACUCUUCCGAAGAGCUAGCGAUGAUCUUCGGCAUCAAGAGUCCAACCCCAACAGAUAACAAACCAUUCGUGAAUACCGCCAUUCUUGAGCUAGAAAAGAAGCUUUCCUCUGUCACUGCCAACGUAUCAAGCUGCCAAUCGCACCCAUAUUCGUCCAGCUAUCAGCAUCAGCCGCAUCAUCAGUAUCCUUCUCCCGGAAGAACGGAAGGACUCGAGCAACCUCAAGACAUACAAAAACACUCGCAACAGCAACUUCCUCAGCAACAGAAAUCGCAAUCGCAAUACAACAACUACCUAUCAGAACGUAAUCGAAUCCACCUUCAUCAGCAACCUUCAAGCAUUCCGGCUCCGCAAACUACUGCUGCCUGCAACGAACCACCACCGACGACUGAAUCUCUUCAACUACUAGCUCAACCCUCGACUGCAUCCCUGGCCAGUAUUCUGCAGGUGAUCCGCGCCGAGCAGCAAUCUCAAACCCGUCUUCAACAGCAACAGUUCAACAGCUCCUACAAAUCUUCUAGUCUCGAGCAGUUGACAAGUCCACCUGCCAAAUCUUCCGGUUCCAACUUCCGGAAGAUCCAACGCCAUCCUCCAGUGUCCUACCCGAAGAAACCUCUAGUCACUCAGCGAUCCCUCGGAUCUCCAACUUCACCGAACGUCGGAUCAAACUAUUCGCCAUCAAAUUCUGCCUCGUAUCACAAUCAACAGAAUCAACAGCAGCAUCCCGGAACACCGUCGGCAUUCGCGGUUGCCAGCAGGGCACCGAAUCGGGCGGCCCUCCGGAGGCAUGACCCCUUCCUCAAAACUCGCUCCAAAACGAUCUCCGAUUUCUUCGGUCCCGAAUCGACCCCGGUUAGUCGUCUACUGGGCAUAAUAUGUCAAGAGAAGGAAGCGGAAAGAGCGCAAGCGUCGACGAUGAGCAGCAGUAGUGGGACAAGUGGCACGGGAAGCCACCCCAGAAGCACCCGGGAUGGAUCGAAGGUUCCGAUGGCGUCGGCGACGCAUUCGUCGGCGUCGUCAACUCUACGAGGAAAGUCCCGGAAGGAGAACCUACUCCCACCGACGGCGGCUGCCUCGGUCCUGCUGCACCAGAGCAAUUCGUCCUCGUCCGUCGGAUCCGGUAGUGGAUCCGGAAGUGGCUCUACGGUAGCGACAACGGGGACAACGGCCGAACUCUUCGCCGCCAAGGAUAUUGACAAGAUCGCCAAGUAUAAGGCGGACCGAAGGAAACCCAUCUAUCUAAGGAACACCACUGUCCAAGAAAACGAAAAUGAAAGACUGGAUCAUAAGAAAAGAACAUCGUCUAAAUCAACUCACAACAGCCAUUCGUCAACGUCAACAAGUGCAAUUCAUAGCAAAUUUCAUCACGCAUCAUCGUCAUCAACAUCGGCGUCUUCGUCGUCGUCGUCGAAAGCAGCAGCGAAUUCGGCCUCGUCCUUGGCUGCGACGGCCAAUGUCAGACCGUCCGCUGCUUCUUCAUCAUCAUCAACUACCACCACUACAAGACUGCAAUCGAAUCUGCCGAGCUCGAGCUCAAGCCAGGAACAUCAACACUGGCGAGUCGGAGGAAGAACCAUCCUGGUGCCGAAGGAAUCCGGAUCAUCGCUGCCGUUAUCCCCGACCCAUCAGCAACAACAACCGAAGCAAACCAUCGCGCAGCGAAGAUCGAGGGAUCGAAGUGUUACCACCAACACCAGUUCCAAUCGAAGUUCCGAGGAGAAACAGGUUACUAAACCCGUAGCAGCAACAAUAACAUCAACGCAGCCUCAGCAACCGAUUCGGACAACGCGAUCCUCCAGACUUCGUGCCGCUGCUCUAGAAAAGGAACGCACCGAAGACGCCAACCAGCAGAAACGCUUGAAAGUGGGAGCCGGAGCAGCGCCAUCUUCCGGAAAACUUUUGGUACCAUCCGGCUACACCAGUGGCGCUAGUAGCAGUUUCAACAGUAGCAGCGCCAACAGUAGCUCGAAUAGCAGCAGCAUCAAUAACAGAACCGGAAAUCGCCUGUCUUUGAAUUCGUCAACGGCCAGCAACGGUUCCAGCAUUGCUAGUCGGACUUCUUUGGGUGAAACUGUCCCAACAAAAUCAGCUGCGGCAAGCAAACCACGUAUGAUUCCGGUUGUGGCCGUCAACAUCCGGCAAAAGCUGAGCGAAACGAAAGAAACAGUAAGCAUUGGUGGCAGCCAUCGUAACGGAAACAUUCCCGUCGUUAAUGGUUUUAAAUCUACGACGGCGACCGGAAGUUCCGUGCCGGAAAGUAAAAUGAACCGGAACAAGUUGGCCACAAGUAAUCUGAUGAAUGGCAACUUCGUCAAAGAUUGUUCCGAAGAAUCCAGCCCGGGGACUGUCACCGCAAAAAAUCAAAACAAUAACAACAACAAUGGCCCAGCAACAACGAUAAUUCGUCCCGAUGGGAAGGAUUUUCUGCAACGAAUCCCCCAAACGACGAAACCAACGUCGUUGGCCAAUGGGAAAGUCCCACCACUGCUGGGUAGCAUCGGUAGCGUGGACAGUUUGGAGUCCCCCUCGAAGGUCGUUGGCCUGCUAGUGGGGUCCCCGAGGAUGAGGACCUCCACCAUGAAGGCGACUUCCAGUUUACGGUUGCCAUCGACGAUGACGACGACGAAGUCGGUAGUUGUCGAUCAUCAUCAUCAGCAGAUGUUUAAUUCUGCCGAGGCUGAUCUGGGACUGAGUCCCGUGGAGAGGGAUAAAUCGGAGCAGCGUAAGUCGAACCUAAAUCGGGCCAGCGCCUCGCAGCAGAAGUCGGAUCAGGAAGCGACGACGACGGAGAUUCGUCCCUCAUCAACCGAACGUCGUCGCCAUCAGAAAUCGAACAGCGGACCCCUCCUGUCCAGUCCGGAAACGGUCAAACCGACAGCAGUCAGUCAUCACCGGUCCAGCACCCGAAUCACUCCCAAAUCGUCCCGGAAAUCUCACUCCCUCGAGAAACCAAAGACUCCCUCGACCUCGAAUCAUAAUCAUCUGACGCCGUCCCCGCUUUCGAUUGCCUCCUCAACGGCCACAACGAACACACCGGUUUCAUCGCCUCAUCCCUCCAGGCUGUGCAGCAGCAUGCAAUCGUCCUCGGUCACUUCCCUGGCCUCGUCCUCGCGUAGCUUAACCCCAGGAAAGACACCCUCACCGGCGCCUCUAGCGCAUCGUCGAAGUCCACCGCAGCUGCUGCAACAUUCGUCCAGUUCCAGCACCACCCUGGCCGGAGAAACUGCCGGAGGAGCCGCCGUUGCUCCGGAAAGGCAACAGGAGGAAGUAGUUGUUCAUCCCCCUCCGAACGUCCUCGAUCGACUGGAGGUCGUCGGUAGAAUAGUAGUAGAUAGCAGAAUUUCCAGCGGCGGCGAACAGGAAGCGCCCGACUCGCCGCUGCAACCGCAACAAUAUUCUAAAUUUAGCCAAUUGCUUAAGUCGCCUACGCUCGAAAAGUACGAAAUAAGUCCGGUUUAUCACCAGCAUCAUCAGCAUCACCAUCAUUCGCCAUCGCCGCUGCAACGGCCACCCAUCGAAGAGCAGCUGCCCAUUGAGGUGCUGGAGGAAGAGGAACAGCUCCAAGAGCUGGAGCAGCAGCAGCAGGAGAAGAGCUCGCCGCCGAAUGUACAGGGAAUGAUUGAACAGGAAUUGCAGGUGCCUUUGCAACUGGUGGAAGAGGACGAGGAGGACGAAUCUGCCGGAAUAAUUGUGAUCGAUGAUAUGGAACCGGGACCAUCCGGGCUGUGUGCACCACCAAUAGUCGGUGACUAUGAUCCGGAAGACGACGAAGAUGUAGCUUACGGAGGUACCGGAGCCGGUGCUAUGCUGCUGGAGGAAGUGCGCGGUCGAUCCGGUUCCGUCUCGCCGAGACCGGCCAACCGGAUCUUAUUCGAUGACAAAUUCAACGACGAAUUUGUCGUGAUAGAAAAUAGUCCGAAGAGUCAUUUUAUACAAUCACUAGAUGAGACUGACAUUAUUGUGAUCCGGGAUAGCGACGCGGAGGAGGAAUUCCCACCGAGACCGGCCAGCAGCAAUAGCACCGGUGCGUACGAGAAGAAGAAGUCGCUGGUCAAGAUGAGUUCCGUGGAACAUUUUGACAGUAUGAGGCAGCGGAAGAGCUGUUCUCCACAGCGUAAGAAGAGUCUUUCGCCGAUCGCUCGCGCUAAGAGCAUGGAAGAAAGUCACCUUUCGACGGUCGGUUGUUCCGGUCCAGCAUCUAACCAUAUCGUAUCGAUUUUAAAACGCAAAACCGUAGAAUCGAAUAGUUCAGCUUCGAGUAACGCCUCACCGGUUACCUUCUCACCAAGUGUGGUGGACACUCCGGUUCGUACGAAUCGCUCCAAGCAGGGUAUCCUGAAGAAACGAAGUUCGCUGGACGAAAGUCGUUACACCAGAAGCCAUUCGCCAGACGAUCGUAGUAUCCUAAUCAAACACACUCGAAGAAACAGCUUCGAGGACGGAUCCCAGCACGGAAUCCUGAAACAAAAAAGCUACGAAUCCAAAGAGGACAUCGCCACUGCCUGCGGUAGCACCAAUGCCGUCAACACCGUUGUAUCUCACGGGAUUCUCAAAAAGAAAACCGAUAGUUCCUCCACCUCGACACCAAACGAACAGCAGAAGCACGUCUCGAUCUCCCAAGCAGUCAUUCUGGCAGCCGCCGAAAUCUGCCAGGACAUGCUAGCUGAAAAUGAACACGGCCACGAGAUUCGGCCGAUUCUUAAGUCUGACUCCCAGCACAUAUGCAAUCCUAAACCAAUCCUCAAAAAGAAGCACUCUUCCGAAUCCGAGGAAAUUCGUCCUAUUCUCAAGUCUUCCCGAAAGAGCAGUCGAGAGGAAAACAAUUCCGAUUCGGAAGAACUCAAGCGUUCGAUCCUCAAAACGGACUCUCCGGCCAAGCGUCGGUCGUUUGGGGAUCGGUGCGAUUCGGUCGAAUCAAACGUCAGUUCCUCGUCAGCGCUGAUCCGUAGCCGAUCAUUAGAACAUCCGGAACCGAUCCCAUCGGCUCCGAUCGUGCCUCAAGUGCAGAACAUCGAAAAACCCAUCAUAUCAGUUGCGGAGCGGAUCAAAAACAUGGAGAAGUUCCUGUCCACCGAAAGACCAGCUCCGGCACCAGCAGCAGCAGCGACGGUUGGAGCCAGUGGAGGAGCUGUGCCGAAGCAACGAUCCCACUCGGUGGCUAGCACCCGGAGGGAGUCGUUCCGCUACAAAACCCAGCCGAUCACCUCGGUGGAGAUGAGCAGCGCUGUCCAGCAGCAACAACAACAGCAAGGUGAUCAAUCGCCGGCCACGGAUCAGGACCCGGCGGAAGAAUCGAUCACGUGCUCGGAACAGCUCGAAAACAGCAGCUGCUCUUGUUCUCAACCGGAAUCUUCCGGUGGUCCUCGAGACUCCUUGGAAUCGCUCAUCGAAAUCACCGGUAAGCAACCAUCAUCUGAGGACAAAUCGUUGGAUCUUUUGUCCCCUACCUUGGCAACGACCGUUUCCGAUUCUAACUCGCAUUCCAUCAGCGGUGAGUUCAAUCUAGCUUCGCUCAGCUCCGACAGUGGGAUUCAAUUUGGCCGCGGAACCGAAGAAACUUCCGGCGCCGAUUACGUUUCCUCAUCCGUCAAAACCAGUGACAGUGAGAAGUCUCCCUCGAAGAAAACCAUCGACGACGAUCUGAACGAACUUGACGAAGAUCAGGACGGUGACGAAGAUCACCUUCAGAUUCAUAUCCAAGAAGAAGAAGGCCCAAGGCCAAUCCUUCUGAGUCCUUCGAGUGCCGCCGAACAUAUCCCAAGGCGUCGCCAGACGCGAAACGGAUCCUCGUCCUCGAGUUGUUCCUCGACAACUAGUUCCAGUGAUUUAAGUGACCAUCAUCAUCAGCAAGUGCUUCCGGCGGAACAAGCCAAAAUGUACACGGCAACGGCCGUCGAUGGGGGUGCCAGUCUUUAUCAAGACCCAGGAAGUGGUUCAGAUGAAACGGAAUCAGGACUGCGAAGGUCCAAUUCGGUGCGGGCCCGAGCUAACAUGUUCCAGGCGAUGGAAUCGCGCAUGAAGGAGAACGAGAGUCCGCCCCGGGGACGGAAAGUGAUGCCAGUAGCAGCCAGCAAUCAUCAGUUCACGACGCAAACGAUCUCACCCACGGACAUCGAACGGGAAAGUCAGCAGCAGCAACAGUUCGGACCUUCCGAAGGUCUCACCAAUAGUAAUAAUAUCGGCGGCAGCAGCAAUAGUAACAACAACCGAAACAGCAACAACAGUAACAUCAAUAAUAACAGCACCAGCACCAGCAAUGAUAUUCAGCAAAAACAGUGUCAAAUCAACAGUGGCACCGUUUCCGACGAUUCCGGCACUGAGUUUGAACCCUCGACACUGCAGGUAUCGAAGAAAAUCAAAUUGUUCUCCCAGGGCGGCUGCUGGUCCAGCUCCUUGCGGGGUGAAUCGCCCGGACCGCUCACAACUUCACCGGUGGUGAUAACUCACCGGACCACAACUAGUACGGCUGCUGCCGCCAGCAAAAAGACUUCCAUCAAGUUCCGGACCGUAGGGAAGCUGAUCAUUCCGAGGUUUUUGAAUGACAACAAUAAUAACAUCUCCAAUUCAAAGGGGGAUGUUUCCUCCGGGGGUGAAACGGUGGUCAAUCAGGUAGUUAACGGAUCGGGGUUGAUCGAUGAGGUCGAUCGAUCGACCAAGGUUGAACGGAUCCGGAAGAAGUUCAUGUGCGAAUCUUCGUCUCCGAUUGCGGUGGAUGAUCGGAAAGAAAGGGAGGAGGAAAGCGAUUCCAAUGUUGAGUCCGGGAAGGAGAAUAAUUGCGAGGAACGUAGAUGUAAUGGAGUGACUGCCAACGUGAAGAAGGUAUUAGUGAAUGGCAAUCGAUCGCAUAACAAAAGUAUUCUGCAGAAUCCGGUAGCGGAGGUCGAGGAAGUUAUUUUGAAGGGAAAGGUGUCUACCAUGGCCAAACAGUGGAAUCAGGUGAGAGGAAUCAGUGUGGAUGCGGCUUCCGGUAAACAAAAUGGAAGUCCGUUGACGAGCAAUGGUCACACUGCGAUCGACGAUGGUUUGUACGAGGUAGAUAGCGAUCAUUGUACGACCCCAAAUUCCUCAGCUUUCGGAACCAACUCCUCACAAAUUCACAACCGGUCGAAAGCGAACAACAGCUCCCAAAUCGACGAUCGAUUCGCGAAAUAUUUUGGCCUCAAAUCGCAGCAAUCCCCGUUGCAUUCAUCUCCGAUCUUGUCCAAUACCGGCAAUGAUGCCAUCUCUCGUCCGAGGUCCCAAUCGUUGUCCCAAGCCAAGCAUCAGAGACCUCCACGACCUCAGAAACCUACAGACGAGCGAAUUGCAAAAUACUUUGGUAUCAACAAGAGCUUCUCAGGUUUGAACAACUCACCAGUCAGUAAACCGCGUGCUAUUGUUCGACCUCAGAAACGUCUGGUCAAUCCGGAUCCGAUCAUGAAACAUCUCAACAUACCUCAACCGGAGAAAAUCCACACUCCACCUCCGAUGCACGAUAAACAACACCUGAAGCCAACUGGUAAUCGCCGUAGAUCCCGAUCCCUUCCCCGUCCAGACGAAUACAGCAAUACUUCCAGGUUAAGUGAAGACCUCUUCGAGGGUAAUAAAUCCCUGCUACCGAGUACGCCUAUCCGAGGUCAUCACCUCCAAUCGGUCAGCUUUAACCUAUCGGCGUCCUUCUCAGCUUCCCUCAAACCGGUGCGACUCGUCGAGGAGAUCAACCUUACGACGGAAGAUCUCUCGAUGGCAGACAGCGACUUCGAACGGCUCUAUCAAGAACAAGUAACCAGCCCCCGGAAGCCCCCGUUUGCCUACCUUCCGCCCGGGUCGGCCCAGCAACCACUUCCAUUCGUGUCGGAACUGAAGAAGGGCAUCCUCAAGUCCAAGUCCGGCUGCGUCGGCCUCUUCCCAACGGACCUCAACUCGGAGCUGAAAUCUCGCCUGAAAAAAUCGACCCACUCGUCGGUGAGCAAUCUGAUCAAGAAAUCGACCACCGUCUCGAACAUCGAGCAUGACGGCAACCUCGGAACGCCGCCGUCUUCCGAAUCGGAUGGCGAGGACGGUAUCGCGCCCGGGAAGAAUCUCGCCAAAAUGUUGCGCAACGUUUCGAAUACGGCCGCCACUGCCGGCAGUGGCGGAACAAGCACCGGAGGAUACGUUCCACCCGGUGGAGUUGCCCUGUUUCCUCCGGUGUCUGGAGGUUCGACGACGUCGGCCUUUGCGCCGUUUAGAAAGACGAGUGAUUUUGGUACUAGUGCUGGUGCAGGAGGCGGAGGAGGAGGUCAUACCAGUGAUGGCGAACACCCGGCCAGCAACCGUGGCAAUGUGGAUUCGAUCCUGAAGAACCCGGCUGUAGCCCGGCGACGUAGGCAGAAUGAAGGUUACAAGCAGCAAUUGGUGAAGAGCAAGAGCCAAUCGGAGCUCGCAACCUUCAUUCCGGCGUCGGCCAUCAUCUAUCACAACACGGCGAAACAAUUCGGCGGCCCGGCGCUUGGACUCGGCGCCCCCCUAACGGUAGUGGGUGGAGGAAAUGAUCCUGUGAGCGGUUGCGUUGGCUUAGGAGGAGGACCAAAUGACCCGAGGAGGUUCCUGACCGAUCAGCAGCAACAGCAACAACAGAACCAAAACCAGCAACAGAACCAAACUCCCCCUCAAUAUCCGCCCGGUUUCAUCGGACUGAGACGCUGUCUAACGGAGGAGAUGCGUCCGGAUCAGGAUUCGAUGGUCAAGAGCGUCUCGAUAGCCGAGCGGCUGGCGGCGCUGCAGAAGAGCGGCGAGGAUGACUGGCGCAAGCGCGUCGCCAAGAAGGAUGCGCCCGAUGACGUCGUCAGGCGGGAGAAUUUAGUAAAUAAUGCCAUCCUGGUUGCCAAAUCGCUCGAGAGUCCCAUUAAGAACAGCACCCCGCGCCCCUUCAGCCGGCAGGUGGAGCUCGAGGGCGGCAACAUCUCCGAUCGGCUCGGGAAGAUCAAAACGUCAUCCGAGAGCUGGAAGAAUCGUGUCGAACUCUCGGAUGCCACCAACUUUACCGUGGCGGGCCGAAUGGCCGCCACCAAGUCCCCCAAGUUGCCGUUCAUCAAAUCCGACACGAAGCAGUCGCCACCGAUGAGCGUGUUCCGCAGCGUCAAUCCGCCACCCCAGCUGGGCCUAUCGAAGAGUCCCUCAAUGAUGGUCUCUUCGGUGACGACCUCGUCGACGGUUUACGGUCCUCCUGCAUCAUCGGCCUCGAACCAUCUCCACGGGUCUCACCAGAAUGGUCCCGUGGCAGCCCUGGCCGCAGUCGGACAGCAACUCUCUAGUCAGUUUAGCCAGCAGCGCUCCCUGGCGGCCCCGGACAGUUUGAUGAAGCGAAGUAUCAGCGUACCCGGAGUACCGUCAUCAUCCGGAGAGACCGGAAGUGGGCGGGAUCUCAAAUCCCAUGCGGCCGGCGUCGGCAUCGGCGGUUCCAAGGUUUCAAUCCCAAAGCUGGACGACGACGAAAGCUUCGGGAACUUUUUCACCAAAGUCGAGCAAACCGUAUCAGCUACUACGAUUAGCGGUUCUAGAACUAGCAGCAGCAGAUCCAUGACCUCUUCCAAGAUCACCUCAAGCUCUACGGCCACUAGUAGUGGUAGCAGCGAUAUCCAGACGGCGGAGGUCGUCAUCGGAGACUUCGACACGCUCAAGGUGGACAGUCAGCAACGGUUAACCCAGAAGAAGGCUGUCCAGGGGCCACGCCGUCGAGGCGCUACCUCCAGGAACCCCCUGAAAACCCUGGCCGCUCGGGACGAUCUGCAGACCGAGUACACCGAAAUCAAAACAGGUAUCGCCGAGAAAGAGUUAAAAAGACUCAAACUAGAAUCAAUCGCCAAAACGAGCAACCUAGCCAUCGAAGCCCUGGCCGGAUUGGCCUCGGUAGAGGAUUUCAAGUCGGUGGCGUUGAAGUCGAGCAGUUUGCCGCUGAACCAGAGCUUUGUGCCAUUCAAGCCGCUGAUGUUGAUGCAGAUCAAGGGUCGGAGGCAUGUGCAGACCAGGUUGGUGGAACCGGUGGCUCGAUCGGUGAAUAAGGGCGAUUGUUUCGUGCUGGUAACGCCGGAGAAGACGUUUGCCUUUUUGGGUCAGUACUCGAAUGUUAUUGAGAGAUCGAGGGCUAAGGAGAUCUGCGACGUCAUUGUGCGAGAUAAGGAUUUAGGGUGUGGAGCGGCUAGUGCGGUGACGAUCAACGAUGGGAAGUUCUGUAAUGAGAGGCAGCUGAGGGAGUUCUGGAAGUUGUUAGGUCGUGGCCAGGAGGAUUCGAUGGAGGUUUGUGAUGCCGGACACUCGGAUGAAGAUGAACUGAUCGAGAGUUGCCUGAUUGAGACGACCAGGGUUUGGGAGUUCGAGGACGAUUCGUUAGUCCCGGUUGAGGAGUAUUGGGGAGCGGCUCCGAAAAUUGCCAUGCUAGACUCGAAGAAGAUUUUGGUGUUUGAUUUUGGAAGCGAGGUUUAUGUGUGGAAUGGCAAGAGCGCUUCGAAUGAGGGAAAACGGGCUGCGAUCAAGCUGGCCCAGGAAUUGUUUGCGCAGGACUAUAGCUAUGAAACGUGCCAACUGAAUCCGAUCAACUUCUGCGAGUUGUCCGGAGACAGGCAGCGGGACAGCCGGAGGGUUCCGAAGGCGGGAGUCGUUCGUCCGGAUUGGUGCUUGAUCGCUAAGGUUACGCAACACAUGGAGACGAUCUUGUUCCGACAGAAGUUCCUCGACUGGCCGGAUAUUACGGUGCAGUUAAAGGACGAUGGUUACCAGCUUGGGGAUAGCCCAAUUCUCGAAAUUAAACCCGUUGAUGGGGAAUGUUUGUUCAAGGGAGAACCCUACUCGGAACCCAAUUUGGUGCUUGAGAACUCCAGCCUUGGUCGGGGCAAUUUCUACUACGAUACGGAUACCAUGAGGCAUUUUGAUGUGCUCACAAUUUCGGUUACCCAGUGGGAGAUCGAUGAGUACGAGUACAAGGAAAUCCAGGGUCCAUCCUGUGGACACUUCUACUCCGACGAGAGCUACACGGUUCGCUGGAUGUAUCAGGUGAGUGUAACGGUCAGGGAACUCAGUGGAAAGGUCUCGAACCGGUCUACGGUCGUUGGAAGAGAUCGUUGUGCGUACUUCUGCUGGCACGGAAAGGACGCCCCGGCCAAUGAGAAAGGUGCCGCUGCCCUGUUGACCGUCGAACUGGACAAAGAAAAAGGCGCCCAAGUCCGGGUGUCCCAGGGUCAGGAAUCGAGUGCUUUCAUUCGUCUGUUUAAGAUCAUGUUCAUCCACAAGAGCAAAAAAGCCCCGCGUAACCAGUGGCGUCUCUACAUCAUCACCGGCAACUGCCCGGAAGAAACGGUUUGCAACGAGGUUACCCCAAAUGCCAAACAACUACGCUCUCGAACAUCCAUGGUCCUGAUCCACGGCGAAAAAGGCCGCGCAAUCCUAUGGAACGGUUGCAAAUCCCUACCCCACACCCGCGAGGUCGGCCAACACGUCCUGAACGCCAUCAUCCAAAACCGUUACAGCGAACUCUUCGACGAAAGUCUCUCCGAGAUCAGCUCGGCCACCCUCGAAGAGGGCAAAGAAUCCCACGAAUUCUUCGAAGCCAUAGAUGGUAGCGAAAAUCGCCACCAAUAUCACUCUCUCCUAGGUUCCCAACAAGAUUUCAACUUCACACCCCGGAUGUUCCACCUGACCAGUAUUAACAACGGCAACUUCGAGGCCACCGAACUCCAUUACAACCUUCGCUGCCAAAAUCAACCCUCCCCCUAUCCCUUCCGGCAGGAAGAUCUCUACUCCGUGCGGCAACCCACGAUCUUCAUGAUCGACAACGGUCACGUCCUUUGGCUCUGGCAAGGCUGGUGGCCCACGGAAGACGGAGCCGCAAGCGAUAGCGGAAGCAACAGCGAAAGCGACAAUCCCAGCAGCUUCGACAGCAACCGAUCUGGCGAAAACCGUUGGCAAAUGGAACGCCGCGUCGCAAUGGAAACGGCCGUUGCCUAUUGGAAUGCCAAAAACAGCUCCACCAAACCGGUAACCAAACUUGCCAAAAUUACCAAACCAACAACCAAGGUCAGUAACGGAAACGAGUCGGAUUCUGUUCCGGAUGAGAAUGGCAAUGGAACAACCCUCGGAACCACCUCCGAGGAAGACGAAGUCGAUCUGUCCCUAACCAGGGCCAGCAAAAACGACAAGAACUGUGAUAACAAUAAAACAAAAACGGAGGAGAACGAAUCCGUGGAAAGCAAAACUGGCCAAUGUUCCACCGCCGCCGUCAAUGGGUUUGUGGUUUGGGCCGGAUUGGAACCGCUGGAGUUUAUCGCCAUGUUUCCGGACUGGGAACAGCGGGACGACGUUGCCGAAAUUAAUGUGCAGGAUGGCCGUAAGUCGGCACCGCAGCCGAUCGCCAGCACCCUGCAGGCCCUGUCCCGCCGGGAGUACCCGCUGGCCGUCCUCCUGGAAAGGCCACUUCCGGAAGGCGUCGAUCCAACCCGACUGGAACUGUACCUGGCCCCCGGAGACUACUCCGAAGGCCUGGGAAUGGAAAAAUCCGACUACGACCAGCUGCCCGCCUGGAAGCAAACCAAGCUGAAGAAGGAGCGCGGGCUGUUCUAGCCCCUCGUGGAUUAAUGGAGCUCUUAAUGGAGAUUUUCUCUUACUGUGUUUAUUUUUUAAGAAUUGUGUUGUUGAUGAUUUUUGAAACACAUUGAGCGCUGCCGGAAGAUUGCUUAGGAGGAAUCGAUCCUGGAGGAGCUUGGAAGCUUUUUUGAUAGGUUUCUUUUUUAUGUUAGUUUUUUUUCGCAAUAUUUGUUAAUUUAGGAUGUUGUUUUUAGUAUUGUAUUGAAUAGUUUGGCGAGUCUCAAAAUUACCCUAGAAGAAGUGGGCAUUCUUCUUUAUUUUUUAAUUUAUUUCAUGCUCGUCUAGAAGAUUUUAUCGUUUAGUUAUUUUUUUUUUUGUUAAAUGAAUAUUCUGUUUAGAGAAGGCAAACCCACCACAAGAAAUGUCUAAACAUAAGCGAAGCUAGGAGCAAAAUUUUGUCGGUGGAAUCUGGUUUUGAAAUCUGUUUGUUUUUGUACACCAAUUGUUUUUAGCAAAAACUAUUGUGAAGAGAAGCCCUCGAGGAUCAAAAUUGUUGUAUGUUCGGCAUGUCCAGGAUAAUUGUAAAUUAUACUGUCUCUGAGAUUCGGGAUGAGAUUAUUUCGAUUAUAAUUCGUACCAACAAAUUGUUCGAGGCAAAUAAAAUUUUCAAUAAUAAGCCAAUCUAUCUUUUGGUUCAGAUUUCCUAUUGCUUUCGAAUUGCUGAGAAUUGGCACAGGCUGAAGCUUUAUCAAACAAAAGAUUUCAAUUACUUGUAGAACGUUACGAUACCUUUGAAAAUCUUACGUUUAAAAAUUAUUACUAAGAACGUUUUGAGAAUCCUACAAAAAGUUCAAUUCUACAUCACAGAUGAAAGCAAAACUUUUGUUAAUUUAGGCCAAGUUUGAACCAAACUCAAUUCUGUUAGGUUGUGAACAAUCUGUAUCGAUUCCUAAAAUCAGAUGAAGCUUAAGCUCGGAUUAAACAAAAUUUUGAAUAGAUACUAACAACCAAAAAAAGAAAUAUUCGAGAAGAUUAAACUCAAAACGUUCAAACUUUUUUUUUCAAACAAGUAAAAUAACAAAAAGAACUUAGUUCUCGUUUUAGUAAUCCAUCAGCUACACUUUUGGGUAGCCGAACUGCCGAUUUCUAUACUAUAAGCUUUAAAACAAAUCUAGAAAAAAAACCGCCGCCAUACAGUCGAAUUGUAGCUUUCGGAGACGCUCCCUAAAAUCUUUAAUCGAAACGGUAUUUUUAUUCCUGUUUUCUUUUUUAAACUCCAGCCACGCUUAAGUCAAUCACUUUUUCAAACGAUUUUAUUAUGAAUUUAAGUUUAAAAAAGCCAAGCUUCGGAGGUGAUUCACAAACUUUUGAAAACCUUUGAGAAGCUGUGUAUAUUUUAAUUUGUAAACAGUAAUUUCUAAAACGUAAUAUUUAGUAUUAAUAUUAAUAUUAUCGAAUGUAAAACUCUUCUCUCUUGUCAUCAGUGAUCGUGCUUGUUGUGCUAGGUUUUUGUUUUUGUAAUUCCAGUUUGUAUAAAUGCAAAGCCCCCUAUUAAACUAAACCUUUAAGUGAAAAAAUACGAUACAAAAUAGCUAGCUUUAGGUGGCAGGCAAAUAAUACCUAAUAUUCAAAUUAGAAUCAAACCAACUCAUCGAUGAAAUCGCAAGAAAACGCAAAACGCGUACUUAAAACCGCGAACCGUUAAAGAAUUUUCAAGCUGGAAGGAAAAAUUGAAAUGCCAAAAAAACACAAUUUAGUCACAGUGUUUUUUGAUUUCUCAAUUUUUCGCCAUUGUGCUUGGGAAAGUCGACAAAAAGGAGAAUGAAACAUUGAAAAUUGUGUUCCAAGGGAAAAGAAAAACUUUAGAAAACACAACCGAAAACUAACGAACACUAGUCGUAUAAGCAAAAAAUGAACAACGGAAGGACACAAACCAACCAACAUUAGACAUUUGUGAAACGCAGGAACGGUUUAUACAAUUUUUGUACUGCUGAAAAUACAGUAUAAUAAGAUACGCAUAGGAAUCUGUCCUACCAUUUCAUUUCGGUUCUCGCUGAAACUAAAAAAGUGAAACAUAUUCUAAAGCUUUUGCCCUUACGUCGUUGUUCUCCAAAACCGCCAUUUUGCCAUUCAGAAAACUCGUGUUGUAAAAUCGAAACCCAAAAAAAACAUAAACCGCAACCGUAUGAUACGAUUAUUCAGAUUCACACAAAAAAACACACCCAUCGCAAUCCCGUAUAAGUAAUAAUAAAAAAUAUUACUGUUAGUCAAUAGUUACAUCAUCAAUCAACACAUCAAUUAGUUAACCGUAACCGUAAUAAGUAAAGAUGAUCACAAAAACACACACACAAAAUAUUGAAAAUAUUAAAAAAAAAAAAACUUUAAACGCUAAUCACACAACAGACGACAUUCAUGCAACCAACCAAUUAUUAUCUUGUACAAAAAAAAAUAAAAUAAAAUAUAUUUUGCUUAUUCGUCGAAUCAGAAAAAACCAACAGAAAAGGAUUGUCACCCAAACGUCAGAGCGUGUGGUGGAAAAUGCGAGCUGAGAAUAAUUAGCAUUACUACCAGUAUAAGUAAUAAAACAAGCAAACAACCAUAAUAUACUGAACUAAACGAUUUGAUGGUCGGGGGAAAAAACGUAAGGAGACUGUGAAAACUAACAUAGGCAAAUCACACACACAAAAAUAUGCAUGUGUGUUUUUUGUAGUUGUGGAGAUAAUAAGCUUGAAUCGACGAACAACUGAUACAUCAAAAAAAUAAAAAAUAAAACGAACCGAACAUAACUGGCAGGGGAAAGGAAAAUUUGAAAAAUAAAUCCGGAGGAAGUUCCUCCCGGAAAACGAAGCAAAACAACAGAAAAAAAAACAAUAAAACGUGGAAAUUUUUUACCGAUGA